UUGUUUUAACUUUUUUUUUAAUCAAUUCGUUGAAUAUUGUAUUUUAUAAAUAGACUGCAGCAUUUUUUUUAUAGAAACUCUAGUAAAUUACAUGUUAUUUUGUUGUCUGUUUUUUCUGAAUCAUGGUGGGAGAACAGUGAUAUCUAUUUUAAAAAUAAAAUAUUGAUACAAUAAAGUUAAUAUAAAUAUGGAAAAUAAUACUUCUUUCUAAAGAAUUUGUGAACUAUAUUUGCUCGGUGUUUUGAGUUUUAGCAUUUUGAGUUUAUGUAUGAAAGUAUUUUUUGCAUCAAUAUAGCAAAACAAACUUUUUACUCUUAAUUUUAUUUAUUUUUUUUUAAAUCAGUAAAUCUGUAAAUAUUGUCUUAAAUAAAGUCUGAUGAUGCAAAUUGUAAUUUGUGGCCCUUCACAUUUGAUGUAGUUUAAAUGCGGCCCGCUUGGCCUCUGAACUUGAGCACCUCUACAAACACCGAUCGGUCUGCACGGCGCUGCUUCAAGUCGAACACACACCUGUUUUUCUGACUUCUCUAGUGGAACGAGACCCACUUGUAUGUGAUGUUAUUCCCAGCCUCCACAUCUGACUUCCGAGACAUGGCAUCAGAACCCAUUGAACUGGCAGCCCUAGGAAGACCUCUGUUUCCUGGUAUGCUGUAUGACUGCCGCAGUGAUUCCUUCAUUCCAGGUGUUACUCUGUGGGAUAAGAAAUCGCUGAGGGAAGAUUUGGACAGUCGUCCGCAGCCCAUGACAGAUGUGAAGUUCAGUAGCUCUGACUCUCUCUCUAGUAAGUCCAGUCUUCUAGAUGUAAGCGCUUCCCUGAAGGCCAGCUUUUUGGGGGGGCUGGUGGUGGUGAGAGGAUCUGCCAGGUACCUGCGUAACACCAAAUCCUCCAACCAACAGUCCAGAGUAACAAUGGAUUACAGCGAAAACUCAAGAUUCGAUCAACUCACUAUGACUCAGCUGGGCAAGAUCACCUACCCUGAGGUGUUUGAGAAGAAAACUGCAACUCAUGUGGUCACGGCUGUGCUGUACGGAGCGCAAGCCUUCAUGGUAUUUGAACGCUCAUUUGCAGAAGAUGAAAACAAGCAGGACAUUGAGGGAGAACUGAAUGUCAUGGUCAAGAAGAUCCCUGGAUUUUCCAUUGAGGGAGAAGGAGCUGUAAAAAUGACAGAUGAAGAUAAUAAAAAGGCUGAGAAUAUCACCUGCACAUUUCACGGUGACUUCCAUCUUGAGCAGAAUCCCACCACGUACCUGGAGGCACUAGAGGUGUACAAGAACCUCCCCAAACAGCUGAAGGCCAAUCCACAGAAUGCAGUGCCAAUAAAAGUCUGGCUCUAUCCUCUAUCUUUACUGGAUACAAACGCAGCUCGGUUGGUGAGAGAAAUCAGCACACGUUUGAUUUCCAACACUGAAGAUAUGAUGGAGGACCUGGCGGAGGUAGAGAGGACAUGCAAUGACCUGUCCAGUAGAACAGAGGAAAAUGUUUUCAGUGACAUUAAAGCAAGGUUGCACUCAUUUCAGGAUUCAUUUAUCAAUUACAAGAUGGUGCUCCAGAAAGCAUUGGCCAGGGUCUUGCCUGCCAUUCGAGGAGGAGGUAUGGAGGAACAAUCCCUGGAAAACAUCCUGAAGAUACACAGCAGCUCCCCUUUUAAAGCUGACUUGCUUAACCAAUGGUUAGAUGAUGCAAAGUCUGAGCUUUACUUAUUGAAUAAUCACAGCAAGACGCUGAAUGAGAUCAACACUGAAGAUUCAGACAGGCUCAACGGCAUCCUUCUUGAUCCAGAUAUUCAUGUCAUAGUGUGCUUGACCUUCACAUCUCUAAAAUAUAAUGACCCAUAUCUUUCAACCCUGAAAGAGUUUCAAAAAUCUGACAAGUUUAAAGAGCUAGAUGAAAAAAUAAACUUGCCUUCUGUGACAUCAAACAUCAGAAAGUGGUUCAAAGAUCCUGAAGUCAUUGCAAAGAUGAGAGAGAACUUAUUGGUCUUCAAGAAAUUUUCAGAGGCCAAUAAAAAUGAGAAGAAUAUCCGAUUCAUUAUUUCUGCCAUCUCCAAUCCCUCCAUUCCAGGCUCCUCCAUCUAUCUGUAUGAAAAUGGGAAACUGACAGACACAAAGUUCCAGCCCAUGUCCAAGCCGCCCACACCAACAGUAAAGAAUGUCCUGGAACAUACUGUGUCCCUGAAACUGCAGAAGUCCCCAACUGGACAAACAGUGAAGUACAGAGUGGAGUACCAGCAGGUGAAUGCAGAUUCUGGAGCUGAGGAACGGUGGCUUGUCAUAGACGCAGCUUAUGAAGACUUCAAGCUGACUGGAUUGGAGCCUGGAAAGCAGUACCUGAUCCGCUACAGGAUAGUGGGUAAAGUGGGAGUCAGUGAAGCCAGUGAUACUGUCAGCCCAGAGACACUCUCUUCAUUGAUUGUCGAUGACAACUCUACAUUGAGAGCGGAUUUCAUUCAGGAGCUUCUUCCAUCUGCGGAGCGAACGGCUCUCCUUUAUCACCUGGCUUUCCUGAGUCUGGGAGGAUUCCCAAAGCUGGAGCGUCUGAUCAGAGAUCAAGCUAUUGAAACACAACUGCUGUUCAGAUCCUCUGAAGCCCUUCUGCUGAAGUGUGUCGGCACGAUUUCCAACCUGCUCACCUCCCUGUUUCCAAUACUGAAACAAGCUGUGGAGAAGAACAAACCUGUUUUGGCGGUGAGGUACCUGAUGGAAGCCAAAGAGUUGAUCAAAGACAUCGUAGCACAAGUGGAUGACACAGUGAAGAGGUAUGAUCAACACAGAAAAAGUGUGCAAACAUGCACCAGUGACGUGUAUCGAGAACAAAAAGAGACUGAAGAAAAAAAAGCGGAAAAAUCUAAUGAGAUGAAGGGUGAGAUCCCUGAUCCUGAGCAUCUGAAGGAAGUCCAGGUGUGUCUUUCUCAGAUCCAACAAAUUCUGAUUACUCUUGAAAUGUUUUGGGAGAAGGUGGAUUCUAUUCUGAACAUGCUGAAAGAAAAAACCUUUGCUGGGGAGGAACUCGUUGACAUGGAGGACAUGAAGGAUGAGUUUCUGAGCUCCAUUGACGAUGCAGGAAAGCACUGGGAGAUAUUUGGUUUGUGCUGUCAGAGAGUUCAAGGUGCCUUCAGCGUUCAGUCUAAAGAUGCAUAUAAAUUCCUGGAGAUCAAUCCGUCUUCGCUCUCUGAGGAGGAGAGGAAAAGGCAGUAUGUGUCUAUCACGGAGAAGCUGAAGAAAAUCAAUCCAGAUCCGCCAGCACUGUGUGACACCCAGAACUGAUGCUUCCUGAAUGCUGCUUACACAAAUCAAUGCAUACAGCUUCUCUUGUCAUUUUCAUAAUGCUUUGUAAUCUUUACAACUGCUCUUGAACAUGUUCAAUUACAGUUCUGCAUAUACAUGUUCUUUAAGUUGAUGUUAACCAUAAACUGAUCUAAAUAAUAUUCCUAUCUCUUUCAAAAUCGCUUUGCAUUUUUAUUAUGCUACAUACAGAUCUUGUGGUCUGGUCACAUGAUUAAUGUCUAUGUCACACAAUAAAGAAAAAAGACAUGAAACACUUCAAUGUAGCCAAAUCCUUAAAAAAGCCAUUUCUAAUGCUUCGGUGUACAAUAGUUCUGCUUCCAUCCAUAAAUCAUGUUAAUAGCGGAGACAAUAUAUGUUGAUACCUUCUCUAGAACACAAAAGAAAAUGAAAAUGCAGAAGAAAUUGUGGAAUUAUUUUUAACUGUAAUGCAAUAUAAACAUAACCCUUGUCUAAACGAAUUUACUACAUUUAGUGUUAAUCAGAAAGUUAAAGCCAUUUUGUAAUAAACCAAGAAUUAUUUGGAGAUGCAAGGAAAUGCAGUGAAAGCACAUUUGAAGUACUGUAUUACAUACCGAUUUAAAAAAAAAAAAAAAAAAAUGUAUAGGCUGAAUGCACUGUAAGUCGCUUUGGAUAAAAGCGUCUGCUAAAUGCAUGAAUGAAUGUAAAUGUAGCUCACAUGCUAUGCUAAUUAGGCUCUGUGGUGUUACGAACCAAUUAGUGUUGAAGACGCCACAAAUGAUGGUUUAUAAAAAAUAGUAAAAAAAAAACAAACAAUUAAAAUCAUUUGAAUGCAAAACUAGGAGCAUGAAGUUUGUUUAUUGUCUAUCAGCUAAUGAGAUUAAGAAAUACAACUGAAUAAUAUUCUCCAUAAUAGCCCUGUCAAGGCUGUAGGCUGUCCUGAAUAUUUGUGUGUAGCCUACUUGUGUGUGUGUGUGUGUGUGUGUGUGUGUGUGUGUGAAUUUUGCAGUGGUAAAUUCAUUAUUUUAAGAGUUCAACCUUAAAUAAUUGACCAGUUUAACAGUAUUAGCUCUCUAUCAUCCAGUUCCAGCUCCAAGUUACCUAUAAUAGAUUAUUAGUAUUAUAUAUUAAUAUUACUAUUAAUUCUGCAAUACCUGUGCCAGCUUCAAUUAUAUUGUAUCAAGAUUGAUGCUUGAUAGUGAACUGUUCCAAACUCACAAUUACUGUAAUAAAGAUAAGAUUAAACAUUCAAAUACAAAAAUAUUAUACUAUAUUAUUAAGUUGGCUUGAGAAAGCCAACUUACUGAAAUGCUAUUUAAACUUAUUAGUGGUGCUUGCCAAAGGCAAGGCAUCACUAUUAUUCUCUUGCAUACUUAUUAAGUUGGCUUGAGAAAGCCAACUUACUGAUAUUGUACUUAAACUUCUUAUUAUUCUUUUUCUGAGACUAAAAUUUCUGACUGCUACUCCUCCUAGAGCUUUAACUCUACAAACUCCAAACUCAGCCCAAGUCUUGAGACUGAUCUGACUUAGCGUGCUAUAUCUUUUCUAACUAAUCCGACUUACGGUUUUCAUAAAAAUAAAGAUUAAAUAUCAUAAAAAAUCCCAUAGACUUACAUUGAAUAGUCUUGGCUCAUCUGAACAUUCCGUCAAACUCCAACUGUCAAAAUUUAAAUCUAAACACACUGAAGCCCAUUAGACUCAAUCAGACUUCCCUUCUAUGUACUAUUUCUAACCCAAUCAAACUCAUCUAUCUCUAUCUAUCUAUCUAUCUAUCUAUCUAUCUAUCAGACUUCCCUUCUAUGUACUAUUUCUAACCCAAUCAAACUCAUCUAUCUAUCUAUCUAUCUAUCUAAAGGACAUUCACUCUCCAUUCAUUCUUUAUCUAACACACACGCACGCACACACACACACACACACACACACACACACACACACACACACACACAAACAAACAUACCUUCCCUAUUUAACACACACAAACACACGCACACAAGAAAUAAACAGAAAAUGUGAAGAUUGAAAGAGUAAUUGUAAAACAUUUAUAAAUUUUUAAUCAUACAAAUCAUAUAUCUUUUUUUGUUGUUUACUUCUCAUCUAUACAUUAAUGCUGUGUUUUGGGAGAUAUGAAGUACUUUUGUACCUGUUUACCACAAAAAUCCUCAACUACACCAUUAGCUUGCAUGUGAAAUAUUACAUUUUUAUGAGUAAAUCUCUUAAAUGAUGAUCUAAAUUUAAUUUAAACUGUUUCUGGAUAUUGAUCUAGGUGUUAGGUGUACAAUACUGCCAUCUGGUGGUUAGAGAAAAACUUGUAGAAAUCACAGUUUUUGAAAGAAUAGUGUAAUGACCAUAUAUAUCCAGCAGAGGCCCAUAGAGAGCCAUUCAUUUUUCUGGAAGUGGUCAACUGCUCCUCUCACAACUUUUCUGAUAUAUAUUUGGUAAUUAUAUAUUUAAACAUUAUAAAAUACACAACUUUUCAUGAUAUAUAUAUUUUGUAAUUAUAUAUUUAAACAUUAUAAAAUACAUUAAAAACAGUAUAAGUGCUCGCUUUUGCAAUAAUGCCACAUAAAUUUGCAGAAAUGCCACACAAGUUGUCACUGAAACUUGAUUGCAGGUACAUAUUUAUUUCAAUCCAAAAAGUAAAAUAAAUGUUUUUUUUUUUUUUGACAAAUGUAAAUAAAAUCACAAUGAAAAAAAAAAACUAAACUAAAAAACAACUGCAAUAAGCAGAUAUGAAUGGCGGGUAUGUGUGUAAGAGAGUGUGUGUGUACGUACGUGAGUGAGUAUGCUCGUUCCACAUUGCAUUUGUGCUCUAGUAUCAGGCUUUAAUUUUGUUGUGUGGACAUUUUCAGAUUUAUGCAGAAUUUAUUGAUUUUAUUUGCCAAUUUCUAUAAAAAUGCUCUUUGUUGCAGUCACACAUGUGUGUUUUUGUAUGUGUGUGCGCGUCUUUUCUACAUUGCAUUUGUGAUCUAGUACCAGGCCUUCAUUUCUGUGUGAAAAUUUUCAGACCUAUGCUGGAUUUAUUAUUAUUUUUUGACAAAUUAAAAAAAAUAUAUAUACA